UACUUAAUUAUACCAUAGAGUAGGUUUACAAUCAAACUUGUAGUAUAGUUAAAGCUAUAAAAAGACAAUAGCCCAUGAAACAUUAGCAUGGUAAUUAGGUAAAGAAAAGCUUAGAAGGAAAGUCAUUAGAUAAUCAACAACUUGGUUUGUGUUUCCCUUUUUUUUUCUUUUGGAUUAACUUGCAUGAACCAUGAUCCAUCAUCCAACCUAGUGUACCAGACCAAUUGGGCCCUCCAUCCAUAAUCAAAUCCUUCUUCUACUACUUUGUAUUCUACUAACAAAUUAAAAUACCCAAAAAAAAUAAAAAUAAAAAAUAAAAAAUAAUUUAAAAUUUUUAAAAAAAUUUAAAAAUAAAUUCCAAAAGUCAUAAAAGACGACUCAUAAUUUCACAUAUAUUCUCUUAUACAUAACCAUUCCCCACCUUUCUUUUUGUUUCCCGCCCUUUAAACACAACUUUUAUUUUGGCACCUUCAUUUCCGGUAUAAUCUGAAAAACACACCCAAAAUAAAGGUCAAAAAUCACUCACUUUGAUUGAUUUUGCUUCUCUUUACUCUUCACUAAAUCAUUGUAUUUUUUUUUUCCCAUUUUUUGUAACGAAAACUUUGUAAAAUUCCUAAUGUUUUACACAAUUUUCUCUAUCCAAAGAUAAAAAUAGCAACCCAAAUUAUAUAUGGAUUGCAUCAAACAACCUUCAUCUAAUGAAUCAACAAGAAGCAAAAUUUCGAAAACAUUUUCGAAAUGUAUACACCCUCAAACCCCAUCAAGAUUUCCUCCAAACCCAAAACUUAGAACCCUUUCUGAGGAGCUUAACAUUAGUCUAAAAGACUUUAAAUCCGAACCGAAAUUGACCCGAGCCAAAUCCCAGAGAUCGAACUCUGGUAAUCUUGCACAACAAGAGCAAGCAGCUAGAAAUAAAGCCGCUAAAGAAGCUCUGGUUGCGAAGCUCUUUGCUAGUUUGUCGUCGCUUAAAGCUGCUUAUGCUGAGCUACAAAGUGCACAGUUUCCUUACAACAAUGAUGCUAUACAAUCAGCUGAUGAGGCUUUAGUAAGCGAGUUAACUGUAUUAUCUGAGCUAAAACAGAGGUAUUUGAACAAGAAAUUAGAUCUUCCACCACCCCAUGUUACCAACUUAUUGGCAGAGAUUCAAGAACAACAAAGCAACAUCAAAACAUACGAGAUCACAAUGAAGCAAUUGGAGUGGAAAAUGGAACAAAAAGACUCCGAAAUUGCCUCGUUAAGGAAGAAACUAGAAGAUACAACAAGGACAAACAAAUCACUGGAAAAGCGCUUGAAUUCAAGUGGGGUUUUAUUCCCUCUUCCGAAUAACACCCCACUUAACGAAUUAAAUCAGUGUCACUUCAUUCGAGUUCUUCAUUUUGUUCUAAGGUCAUUGAGGCAUUUCGUCAAACAGUUGGUGCGCGAAAUGGAAGUAAAGAACUGGGACAUCGAUUUGGCAGCGAAAGCAAUCGAACCAAACGCCAAGUUCGCCAAAUCAAAGCAUACAAUAUUUGCAUUCGAAUCGUACGUUUCCCAGGUAAUGUUUGACGGGUUUAAUCAUCAUACUUUUUACCUCCCAGAUGAGGGGACCAAACAACCCUUAAAACCCCAGAUUUUCUUCGAAAAUUUCAGAAAACUUCAAUCUUUAACACCAUCUCAGAUUUUUACACAAAACCCAAGAUACCCUUUUGCGAAAUUUUGUAGAGGGAAGUAUCUAAAGUUGAUGCAUCCAAAAAUGGAGUGUUCAUUUUUCGGAAAUUUAGAUCAAAGAAAAGUUGUAAGUUCAGGAGCAUUUCCGGCAACAGAAUUCUUCUCUCUCUUCGCUGAGAUGGCGCGAAGAGUGUGGCUGCUUCAUUGCUUGGCGUUCAGCUUCGAUCCGCCGGCGGUAGCUUUUCAGGUGAGGAAAAAUUGUCGUUUUUCAGAGGUUUACAUGGAAAGUGUCGCCGGAGAAGAUGACGUCAUCUCCGGCGAUGUGACGGCGGCGUUCACGGUGGUUCCUGGGUUUAAAAUUGGUAAAACGGUGGUUCAGAGUGUCGUCUAUCUUUCUCCAGCAAAGCGAUAAGGUACUUGCGCCGUGUAAUUUUUAUUUAUUUUAGGGAUCUUUAUUAUCAUGGGUAGGUAAAUGUAUAAAAAAAAAAAAAUUAAUGGAAGGAAAAAAAGGGAAGAAAAUUGCUAAAUUUGGCAUAAUUAGUUGUUUACCAAUUUUUGCAAAUAAAUAUGAUUAAUUAUUAAUGUGGUAGUAGCAAGGCAAGUAGCAACAGUCCAAUUUAAAUUAGUUUGAAUUGGUUGGCAUAGUUGUGUAAUGUUUAAAGUGUACAGUAUUUCUAGUAUUAUUAGAAAGAAUGUGGUGGUAUUUACUGCAUCA